UGAGCGCCAAAUACAGCACAACUGUUGACAACAAGUGAACGGCUGUUGAGAUAUUGAGACCACUGUUUGCGAUCACCAUUUGAUCCCAAGACGAUUGUAUCACUCGAUUGGCUGCCAAUACAAUGGCCUCGUCUUCGAUGGACAGCACACUCUCCGCCGCCGCACCCGAUGUGGACCUCUUCGCCACAAUGAGGACACAAUUGGCUAAUAAUCUGAAACUCUUAUCCGUCGAUGAGUUCGUCCGCCGACGCAAAGAGACCAUCGCUAUCAACGAAGACACGUUCAAGAAGUUGACGCCCAAAGCGUUUCAAUUAAUUACAUACCAUUUGUUUCAAACGGCAGAACCGGAGGAAUGCCGGCGUCGGUUCAUCGGCUGCUUCCCUGUCCUCGACCGCAAACAAGAGGGAGAGUUCCGUCAAAGCGCUUACAAAUGGCUGCACGAGAUCUCGCAGAAGGAAACGUCGUGUCAUUUCCCACGCGUUGUUCCCAUUUAUUUCCAACACUUCACGCCUGAGAUCACUGUCUGUCAUCUGUAUCUCGAUUUCUCCAACUAUUGUCUUAAGAAAUACAUCCAACGUAUGAGUGGUAGCGCUUCCGUUGCCAUCAAACCGCACAACGAGAUCACAAUCGAUGACGUGAAGGAGUUGUCCGAAGACUAUCGACAGAUUAAAGAGAGGAUAAUAGCCGAUACGGAGGAAUGGCGACAACGGAUGGAGUAUUUUCUGGACGACUAUUACAAGACAAGCGAUUCCCUGAAGAAAUUACAGCAACAGAAGGACCACCUUUUGCUGGCCGUCCGAAGAGCUCAUGGAUUAGAUGGCGACCAAAAUGUUGAGCAGUUUAUUACCGAUCGGUUUGAACGACUGCAGAGCGACGCGAACGCAAUGGCGGCCACUUUGGUAUCGAUGAACCAAUUGGUGGCUAAGCAUUGGCCCAAUUAUGUGACCGCUUUUGAGUCGACAAACAAUAAGAGCUCUUUUAACAACACUUCCAUUGAUUUUCGACAAUUGUUUGACAAUAAUUGCGAACAAAACGGCAGUAAAUCGCUGUCAGUUGUGGCCCAAGAGUUGAUUAAUUUUGCUCAGAAUUACGACUCAAUCCUCGAACACAUUUCGGACAAAGAUGUGAACGCCUUUUCCGACUCGUCGGACGAAUUCCUGGCCAAAGGGCGACAGUUUUGCCAACAGUUGAAGUCAAUGACCGAACAGAUGAAAGCGAUGGCCGCGACGGUGAAGGAGACGCGCGACAAACGACGGGCCGAACUGUUGGCCACUCCGGCCAUCCAAGAGAGGCGGAAGUGGUUCGCCGAACGGAUUCCCGACUUUUCGCGACUGAAGUUACGGUUUGAACCGAAACGCCGCGAAUCGUUAGGACUCAUACCGGAGAUCAUCGACUCUAAGGCCGCUCACGAGGAGAAUGGAAGUAAUGGUGCGAACGGUGGCGGCGAUGACGAGAGUCCUGUGUAUAGAUCGCGGCCAUCGCUAUACGACUACUCGUUUCAAUUGAUGGAUAUAUCGACUGUUCAUUACAUCGCUCCGAGCGGUGGCUCAGCGGCCGACGACUCCCGGCUCUUCUCUCCCGUUGAAAACAAAACCCGAAGUGUUUUCAAUUCGUCGCCGAAUUCAUCCAGUAGUGCCAACAGUUUUCUCAAUAUUAUCUCAUUGGUGUCCAACAACACCGGCACCAGUCAAGUCACCUGUAAUGGUGUGAUCGCCUCCACAGCUAACAUACCGAUUACAGCGUACGACCCGACCGGUGCCGCCACUACUAUUACUAUAACGUCUCCCGUUUCCACUCUAUUCUAUAUUAACGGCGAUAGACUUUCGGAGAGGACGGGUAUAGUGAGUGGCGGUCCGUGUGAUGGGUCUGUAUUUGUGGGCCAAUCGAUAUAUUCAGCGGAUCAGCCAAACGGUUGCGCCGACACCAGUGGUGUUAUUAGUGCCACCUGUGCCUAUAGCUUAUGGACACUGACGGGCGCCUGCACUACCACGUGUCAGAUCAAUCUGAUCGGUGCCAUCGGGUCAGCCGGCUAUACGAUGAGCACCGGUGUUACCAAUAAUGGAUUGGUUAAGUAGUGAAUUAAGUAGUACCAUUAUAUAAAAUGUACAAAC